UAGUCGAUAGCUGCCUUGUUUGUUGUUGAUUUGUAUGUGUUAUUAACGAAUUAGUCACACCGUAUUACCUAGUCUAUUUUUGCAACUCAUGAAAUCAAUAUUUUAAUAACUUUUGUCCAAAAUUGUGUAAUUCGUAAUAAAGGAUAACUACAAUGGGUGAUAUAUGUGAAUUCACGACUUGGCCUAAACAUCAAAACUUAUUUUACAAAAUUAGUAGCAAUGCUCUAGUGUUUAACAUUAAAGGAGAAAGAAACGCUGCUAUCGGUCUAGCAAAGAAUCCUGGUGAAUGUGAAUACUGGGUUUUGAUAGGCGUUGAUCAGCAAUGUUGGAUAAAAAAGAAUAAUGGUAGAUGCUGUUGCACUGUAUCCACACAAAACAUUAUAUCUAGAAACAAAUACAAAAAGUUUUGGAUUAUGUUGAAGAAAGGGGAAAUACUUUUGGGUAAAAGUAAUAAAAAAACUCCCAUUCUUUCUGAGCAAACACCACUUCAAAAUUUACAGUAUGUCACAUUUUCUGUUCUGGGAGAGAGAAAUCCUGUUCAGUGGAGACUUCAUUUACCACCACAAAUCCAAAAACCAACUCUAGUGAAAUUCACGGGAGGUGAACCACAAUGGAUAAAAGCUGAUGUACAGCUUCCUGACGGAGCUAUUAUAGGUGGUCAUGAAAACGGAGUCUUAUACAUCAUAAGAGCACCUCAUCGUGGAUCAUUGACCCCUGGAAAAUUUGUUCCAGAACUGGGACUGGGUUUCGUGUCUUGGGGUGGUGAAAUGCAUGAAGAAUCAGACUUUGAGGUUCUUUGUGGAUACAACUGCACAUGGGUAAAAACAGUAGGAAAUGAAAUACCUGUGGGCGCUGUUGAAGGUGGAUACUCUGAAGACGGCCACGAAAUACUUUAUGUUGGCCGGGCAUUGUAUGAUAACUACCUGAUCCCAGGAAAAGUGCAACCAUCACAUAAUUGUUGUUAUAUUCCAUACCAAGAAAAAGAAAUAGCUGUUCAGACUUAUGAAAUAUUAGUUGUGCCACAUAGUAUUACACAUAGCGCUAAUAAAUAUUAUGUGUCUGGUUUGGGCAUAAGAAAUUAUAGGCCAAAUUACUCAUAUGAAAGUGAUAGAAGUCAUGAAGAUUCCGAAGACGAUGAAGAUAACGUAAUUAAUAUAUUUUAAGAGAUUUUCCAAAUAUUUAUGUGUGUAAUAUAUUUAAAAUGUUCUUGUAUUUUUUGUAUUACCUGAGAUUUUAUUUUUCUAAAUGUAUAUAAUAAAUCAUUCUUUACAAAGUGUUUGAUAUGUUAGACAUGCAUUAUUUCACCUAAUGUUUAUAAUCUACUAUCCUUCAAACCAUCAUCCACACCAUUAUCCACUGGUAAACAUUUUUGAAAUUAAAUAAAACUUAAAAGAA